AGCGGCGGCGGCAGCGGUGGCAGCGGUAGCGGCAGCGGAGUCAGCGGAGUCAGCGGCAGCGGCGGCCAACGUAUCGUUAAAGAAGGAUGGCUCCAGAAACGCGGAGAGCACAUAAAAAAUUGGAGAUCGAGAUAUUUUGUCUUGAGAGACGACGGUACGCUGGUCGGGUUCAAGGCGAAACCUGAACCGCAGAUGGCUGCGCAAACGUCUACCCAGCCGUUAAAUAACUUUACAGUGCGCGGGUGCCAAAUAAUGUCGGUGGACAGACCUAAACCCUAUACAUUUGUUAUCAGAGGCCUCCAGUGGACGACCGUCAUCGAGAGGACGUUUCACGUGGAAACUGAGCAGGAAAGGGAAGACUGGGUAGCAGCAAUCAGAUAUGUAGCCGAUAGAUUAGCUAAUGAGGAAAAUCAGCAGCAAGAACAGCCACAGAUGCAACAAUCUUCUUCCUCAGAAGACGUUGAUAUGGAAUCGUCAGUGGGUGCUAGGUCUGAUUCUUGUAGUUCCUUAGGUGUUGUGUCUACUGAUAUAGAUGGAGGUAGUAUCGAUGAAUUAUCAGCGAAAUUCAGCGUCCAAGGAACUUCAAGUAGUAAAAGCACUGGAAAGAAGAAAGUCACACUUGAAAAUUUCGAGUUUUUAAAAGUUCUGGGGAAAGGAACGUUUGGAAAGGUAAUUCUUUGUAGAGAAAAAGCGACGGGACAUUUAUAUGCUAUCAAAAUCUUAAGAAAGGAGGUCAUUAUCCGUAAAGACGAAGUGGCACACACACUUACUGAAAACAGAGUAUUACGCACUACUAAUCAUCCGUUUUUAAUCUCUUUGAAGUACAGUUUUCAAACGGCGGACAGGCUGUGUUUUGUUAUGGAAUAUGUAAAUGGCGGCGAAUUAUUUUUCCAUUUGAGUCGAUCACGUGUAUUUGGCGAAGAUCGUACUCGAUUUUAUGGCGCAGAGAUUAUAUCGGCCUUAGGUUACUUGCACUCGCAAGGCAUUAUAUAUCGUGAUCUCAAAUUGGAAAAUCUCCUGUUGGACAAAGACGGACAUAUUAAGAUUGCUGACUUCGGUUUGUGCAAAGAAGACAUUACUUAUGGGAGAACAACAAAAACAUUUUGCGGAACACCAGAAUAUUUGGCACCGGAAGUACUUGAAGAUAACGAUUAUGGACGAGCUGUAGACUGGUGGGGUGUGGGUGUAGUCAUGUAUGAAAUGAUGUGUGGUCGAUUACCUUUUUAUAACAAAGAUCAUGAAAAGCUGUUUACGCUUAUUUUAUUGGAAGAAGUAAAGUUUCCUAGGAUGAUUAGCAAUGAAGCGAGAGCUAUGCUUGGUGGUUUAUUAAUUAAGGAUCCAAGCAAAAGAUUAGGUGGUGGACCUAAUGAUGCGAAGGACAUCAUGAAUCAUGCAUUUUUCUCAUGUAUUAAUUGGACAGAUCUUGUCCAGAAGAAGAUUCCUCCACCUUUUAAGCCGCAAGUGACUUCAGAUAUUGACACUCGAUAUUUUGAUAGUGAAUUUACCGGCGAAAGUGUUGAACUUACACCCCCGGAUCAGGGCUGUUUGGGUAGUGGAGGGGGUUUAAAUUCUAUAGCAGAAGAACAAGAACAUUUUCCUCAAUUUUCAUACCAGGAAAGUCAUUCAGCAGCAACUUCUUCCAUUGUUUCGAUUAAUCACUGACAGUGUCAAGUGUCAGCUUAAUUAAUGUAACGAUAUGUGGUUCAAUGCAUGGAAAAGAGUAAAAUGAUUAUGAUAUGCAUCUGAUGAUUAUCUGCAAAGCUUGAAAUUUUUCCAAAAAGCAGAUCAAUCAAAUCUUAUCUUUCUUUACGAUGCUUUUUCUAUGCAUCUUAAGAGAUUGUCACACAUAUCUCCAUGGCAAAAGAAAUUAAUAGAUUUAUGCGUAUAAGUGUGCGCGCGCAUAUUACACCUAUACACAUUCAUUAAAAUUGUAUAUGGUAAAAUGUAUACUAUAAGAUUAGAUUGAGAUAGUAUGAUUAAUAUUUGCAUAUAGACUCGAAGGAAUAUGACAGGGAUUAAAUUACGUUUUUAAUUGAAUGGAGUUAACUAAAAUUCCUUGAGACAUAUUGUGAAUAUUGAAUAAUUUUCUUGUCAUCAAGGAACGUGCGGUAAUUAUAAGUAUAUUUCAUUUAACAAAAGCUGCACUUGACACUUUCCAACUUCAUUAUCACUGUGUAUUACUUUAUUUAUGGAAGGGCAGUUCCUGAUCUUUUUUUUAAUUCAAUAGAUAACUGUUGCGGCAGAUGCCAAAAUAGAAAAUUGCAACUGGCAAAAAGCUAACGAAAAAAAAAAAUGGUUUGUCCAUUGUGAAAGUAGAAUGUGUAGUAAAAUAUCAGCUUUAAUUGAAUUAUUGUAUAAAUUGGAGGUCACUUUUUUAGCCUUAUAAAAAAAUUGUCAUUAUUGUGACUGAUAAUAAUUAGAGAUGUGCGAGUAUUCGGAAAUUCUGGGCUGUAUAGAAUUCGGACCACUUGUUCGAAAUGAAUGUUUGAACCUUUGACUAUUUUUGGAAUUGCUUGGAAAAGGAAACUGUUGAAAAGAAAUUUGUGGCUUAAAUAUUUUCUACCUACAUUACUUUCCAACUAUCAAAAUAUAUUAACUUAAUUAUAGAUGCAUGCGUAUAGAAAAUUAGAAAUUAAGAGGUUUAUUCUGUAAAAAUGUUUCUGUGCCACUAUAUCUCUAUAAGCUUGCUACACUGUAGUGCAAGCGAGAAAGAAUGAAGAGCUAAAGAGCUAGUAGAGUGAAAAUCUUACAGAACAAACUUCUUAAUUUUUUAUUACAUUGCAAUUAGAUAUCUUAUCGUUGAAGCUUAAAUAGCGAAUUCGGUUGCUCGCACUAAUACGCACUGGGUGCACACUAAGGUUUGUUUUUGCCCAAAAAAUGAUCCGUACGGAUGCAGUACAAAUCAUUUUACUGGCUGAGAAAUAUCUCAAAAGAUAUUUAGGACGAUCCUAUAAGACUUGACUGUAAACAAGCCUUAGCAUGCACUCAGUGCUCAUUAGUGUAAGCAACCGAGUUCGCUAUAAGCAACAAACACUUGAUUCCAUAAAUAUAUCCAAUACAACUUAAAUAUCUAAAAGAUACUAUAUGUAAUAUUUUACUGCAUUAUAGCUUAUUUACUUUCACUGAAUAAGACCUUUGGAGAAACCUUUGAAUCUUGAAAAAUGUGAAAAUUUUUGUAUUUUUGAUUGGAUUACACAAUUAAUAUGCUAGAUAUUAUAUAUUU